CCCAUUUACGAAACAACAAGAAGACGACACACCUUUUGUUCUCGUCGCCGCCGGACCUCCGUCGCAUGGCUUUCUCCUCGCCGCCUCACCUCCAAACUCUAUUAUUUCGCCACCGUACAGUAUAAGGUGUUCAAGGCUAAGGUUCUGAUGGGAAGCUUGCCACGUAGGAUGCUGCGAUUCUACGGGAAUGCCCACAAGGUGUUUGCGAUAAUGCCUGAGAGAAGCUUUUUAUCUGGAGAGUGCCCUUUCGGGCGGCUAUGGGUGAGGUUAAUGACGAGCAGCAAGCGUGUUCAAGAUAGGAGCAGGGAGAAGCGUGUCCGCGAGCUCGAAGUAGCGACUGAGAAAUGGAAGAUAGCUAACAAAGUGAUGUUCUUGAUGGAGCUGUUGAAGAGUGAGCCAGAGAUGAUCAUGAAGGUCAGGUUGUUGGAGCAGUACAGGCGUCAGAUCAAUUUGCCUAAGCCACAUAAGAUCAGCGAUUUCAUCAGAAAGUCUCCAAAGUUGUUUGAACUGUACAAGGAUGAGAGGGGAGUGUUGUGGUGUGGAAUGACGAAGGAAGGGGAAGACUUGUUGGACGAGCAUGAUGGGUUAGUUGAGGAGAAUGGGGACAAGGCUGCGGAGCAUGUGACUAGGUGUUUGAUGAUGUCUGUUGAUAAGAAGCUUCGGUUGGAUAAGAUUGCUCAUUUCCGGAGAGAUUUUGGAUUGCCUCUUGACUUCAGGGUGAACUGGGUAAACAAGUUUCCUGAGUUAUUUAAAGUUGUGAAGGUUGAGGAUGGAGAGGAGUAUCUUGAGCUUGUUUCAUGGAAUCCAGCUUGGGCCAUCACAGAGUUGGAGAAGAAGACUCUAGGCUUAACAGAGGAGAGCGAUCACAAGCCAGGCUUGCUUUCACUGGCUUUCCCAAUGAACUUUCCUCCUUCAUACAAGAAAAUGUACCGGUACAGAGGGAAGAUAGAACAUUUUCAGAAACGAGCUUACUUGUCUCCUUACGCCGAUGCACGUGGACUCGAAGCUGGUUCAAAGGAAUUCGACAAGCGUGCAAUCGCAGUCAUGCACGAGCUGCUUAGUUUUACGCUCGAGAAGAGAUUGGUGACGGAUCAUCUGACGCAUUUCAGGAGAGAGUUUGUGAUGCCGCAGAAGCUGAUGAGGAUAUUCUUGAAGCAUUGUGGUAUCUUCUAUGUCUCUGAGAGAGGGAAGAGGUUCAGUGUGUUCUUGACAGAAGCUUACGAAGGGACGGAGCUGAUUGAGAAGUGCCCUUUGAUACUUUGGAAAGAGAAGUUGCUGAGGUUUACAGGUUACAGAGGAAGGAAGAGAGAUAUUCAAACUUAUAGUGAUACUUUGGAAAUGGAAGAGAGAGAAUUGCUCUAUAGUAGUAGUUCAGGAGAUGACGAUGAUGAUAUGAUAUCGGAUGAUGAUGAUGAUGAGAUGGACAUUGAUGAAGUGAAUGAUGCAUAUGAAGAGAAUUAGCAAAGUCUAUAAAACAUUUGUUGAGCAAGAAAAGUUUAAUUUCAUUCAUCAGACUUUUGCCAAACCGAACAUUUCUCUCCGUAGGCAUUUUGUUAUUCUUAAA